AAUUUGUGAAAAAUUGCGACAGCUGGGACUCAAAAGUCAGAGUCACAAUGGUGGCGAUCUCCAGUUCUAUACCUAAAAGCUGUUCAACGCUCAGCUUGUUGCCAGCUUUGCAUUGCUGCAUCCUAAAAGAAACCAAGACAGCACUGAAAGCAUGUGAGGAGACGUUCAACAAGGCACGAGCAAUGUGGAGACGUGCCGUAACAUGGGCUUCUGAUCACCAGACGCUGCAUUGGACUUUCAAAUGGUGGACGGGAAUGCUCAGAACGAUCAAAAACCUUCUGAUGCUGUGAAGCAGCAUUGCCCCAUGCUGAUUACAUCUCGCUCUGUUUGGGGAAGGUGGAGAGUCUGUCAAGCUUGAGCUCGAAGAGCCUUUUACUUCAAAAGUAAUCGUUCCAAUGUUGCAAGCGACUUGUCAGAAGAUUUUUGAGACUCAAGGAUUCUCAAGUGGCGUUCAUACAAUAAGCCAACCUCUCACCUUCUGUGGUUGAAGGACAGACAGGACACAGACAAGGGUGAAGAACAUGGCUUAAGGGGACACAGUAGAAGGGGAAGCUGAGCAAGGCAGAAGAACAACUCAUCAACUUGCCUUUAGCAUAGUACCCCCAGAUCAACACUCUCAAGGGGUCAGGUCCACAUGUGAUUGAACGACAAGACAGAUAGGACGCAGAAGAAGAGAAACAACGAGGCAGAAGAACCAACUCAUCUAGUUCUCCCUGGCAAAUAACCCCCAGAUCAACAGAAGCAGUUUUCAGGGGUGAGUUCCAAUUAUGGCCCGCACCCCAAGCAGCGCCCUCUUUGACAAGGCCCCGAUCGGCCCCAAGCCCUCGCGCAUCGACCGCUCCCUUUCAACUCGCUCCCCACUAUACAUCCCAAUGGGAUACGAUCCUGAGAUUGGCGAAGACGCCCCCUCAGCGCAGUGUACCCCCUCCAAUAGCUUCGACCACCUGCCGGCGCUCCGCUCGACGCAGAGCCUGGGGAAAGUGGGCCUGGGGAGAAGGACAAGUUUGGAAAGUUUGCAGUCGCAAGGGGAGCCGCUGCUUGGGAGCAAGGUGUCGCCAGAGGAGGGGCAGGAGGCACUCCUGAGGAGCAUCAGUGCGCAGGAGCGGCGCUUCAGGCGCGCCCUCGCGUUCGUCCUCCUUUGGAAGAGCGGGACGGUGGCGUCGGCGCUGGGCAGCGUAUUGGGAUUUUUCUGCAUCAUGGCGGUUCCCCUUGCGGAGUAUAUCUGGCUCAGGCCCGUCAAGGAGAGCGAGGAGGAGCUGCCGUUCCGGGGGCUCGUUCUCAGCUUGGAGACGUCGCUGGCGGUGGUGAGCUACGCGUUCCUGACGCACCUGGUGUCCAAGCACGGCGUGCGCAAGCUGCUGCUGCUCGAGGUGCUGCUCGUCGAGGACGCGUCCGUGCAGGAAGCGUACAUCGAACACCUCCAGGAUGCCCUGACCGUUUUGGGGCGACUCUUCCUGCCGGCCUUCGCGCUGCACGUCUCCCAGAAGCUGUGGUGGUGGCUGACGGUCCCGCACGCGCCGCUCCCGGUCACGCUCGGCCACACCCACGUCAUCGAGGUCCUCUUCAUCCUGCUGACGUCAUACUCGUGGGUGUUCCGCACCGUGUGCUUCCUGUACGUGUGCGUCCUCUUCUGGGGCAUCUGCGGGCUGCAGGUGCUUAAGAUGCGCUACUACAGCCAGCUGCUCGACUUGGCGGCCGAUCCUUCCUGGUGCUUCCACGAGUACGUCCGCCUCUGCCAAGGCCUGGUGACAAUCAGCCACCGGUUUCGCGCAUUCCUGGCGUGGUCGGGCGUGCUCAUCCUGUUCGGACUGCUCGCGUCCAUGUACAACGUCGUGCGAGAAAAGAGCGAUAGCCUCACGUUCCUCAACUCGGGGGACCUCAUCGUUUGCAACUGGGUUUACGUCAACGGCGGCUUCAUCUGCCUCCAGGCCGCGUCCAAGAUCGCGCACUUCCACCGGCGUAUCGUCAAGCUCGCGUCCAGCAUGCACGCCGAGCGGUCGUGCGACUUCGGCUUCCGGAUGGCGUCAUCUCCGGCCGGCCUCUCCUCGCCGGGGGGGCUGGAAGAGCUGGCGGAGGAGGGGGGGGGCGAGAGCCAGACGGCCAAAAUGCUGCAGGCGUGGAUCCGGCGGGCGGACGCGUACCAGCAGAGGGCGGCGCUCGUAAAUUACCUGACGCAUUCGACUGCCGGCAUCUCGGUCUACGGGUUUGUGCUGGACCGUUUCUUCGUCCACACCAGCUUUGGAGCGCUGUGCACGACGACGUGGUUCAUACUGGGACGGUCGUUAGGCGCUGCAUAAGCGUGGCAUGAUAGUCAAAGAUUAGUUACUGCUAACUAGCACGGUGGCUUAAAUUGUGGUUAACGACUAGGUGGUGGGCUGUUCUAUCAUUGUACAAGUCUGCUGUAGUUGGGUCCUUAUAUCCAACAACUUCAUGUUGAUCAAUGGAUAUGCGUGUGAGCUGGCACCUAUUGUUGACAGGUAUUGAGCUUAUUAGGAGGUAGUACGCAGUCGUUACAUAUGCGACGAUUUUCUUCGAUCAAGUACGACAAUAGUGCACGCAGAGUUGAAUCAAUGUUUCUUAGGACUGCCGGGCACCGGACUCUUUCACCUGCAUGUGUAAGUCAGCCUGUCUUAGGACCGUACGCUUUUCUAUUGAGUAGCUAGCUAGAUGCAUUUGACACGUACAGCCUUUGAAGCAUAUUGAAGUCGCCCAUGCUGUAUACAUAAGAGCCACGUGUCUAGGUAACAGAGCGACAAUCGGUCGGAAGUCGAAAUCUGUAGAGCUUUGUGGCACGCUCUGGCAUGCGGCCCAUAUUAGCUCGCGAUGUGUAGAGCUCUGCAAUAUACAGCCUGUAUGGACCUCAGGG